AUCCCUCUGCUCUGAGUGAACAAGGAACACUCCCUAGUCCCUUCUAUCAUUAUCAGUAGAUCAGAGGAGAGAGAGAGGGAGCUGGCAAGCCCUCCUAUUUACAGCAAACAGACAUUUUCCAGCUAUUUCGAGCUUCGAAGUUUCCAUCCUUUUGUCUCUUUUUAAUCGAUUUCCUGUUUUUCUUUGGGACCGCUUGAAGAUUCUUUCGAGUAGCGGUGAGAAAGGAGAAUACUUGUAGAAAUCAUUAUGUAUAGACAAUCAUCCAGCAGAAACCAAAGAUCCAAAGGGGUCAAGGUUAAGAAUGUGCUGCAAGUUUGUUUGCUGCUUGCUGUUUGCUGUUGGUUGCUAUACCAACUUAAACAUUCCCAUGACAAGAAGGCAGAAUUUGAUGAAACUAAUGCCAAAAGGUCGCUUCAAAAAACAAGUCGUGACGAUCUUAUAAGACUUGGAAGGAAAGAUAUCCGUCCUCGAGUAGACAACAUGGACUCUAAGAGUGAGAUUCAUGAUGAAAUAUCUGAAGAAGAGGAAACUGCUGAAGAAUUAGAGGAAGAGAGGCAUGAUGAAGAUGAUCCAGAAGACAAGAAGGUCGAUGAGAGGGAUGACGACGAGGAAGGAGAUAGAGAUGAUGAAAGGGAAGAGCACGAACAAGAGAAAUCUGAUACCGAAGUUGAUAGAGAACAUGGUUUGGUGGAUGGUGGGAAGAGGGAAGAUGGUGAGGAGAAUGAAACUCAAGAAACAGAUUUUGAAGGUCAUGCCCAAACGGAGAAGGAAACAACUGUUGACGAUACUGACCGUGAUACGAAAGAUAGGAGUGCCCACGAAGCACGUGAGGAACAUUACAAGGCAGAUGACGCUUCUAGUGCUGUAACUGAAAUUGAGAAUGAAAAAGUGGAGAACUCGAAAGAGAAUAAGAGUGAAGAAACUUAUAAAAGUGAGAACAUGAAAGACUCGGAGGUGGAUGGCAACGAGGCAGCUGGAGAUGUCCAUCAACCAAAUGUCACAGCCACUUCAGUCAAGGAUGAUACGUUACACGACCCUGAGAAUGACUCUACUCCUAAUAAUGCAAUAACCGAAGGAUCCACUGAUCAUUUGACUAGUAAUAGCACAACUGCUGAUGUUACAAUAGAGAACUCGACGUUGCCCUUAGAUAAUGCAACAGAGAGCAAGUCUGAGUUAGGCACCGAGCGUACAUCUGCAGAAGAAUCUGACUCUAAAACUGUUGAUCCAGAGGAGGCCAAUAAGUCUACCUUAAAUGUAGACAAUACUCGUUCGGACUCUAAUUCAACAGGUUCUACUGAUACAAACGAGGCAGAAUCACUUCCUGAGGAGUUCUUGAAUAAUAGUACAGACUCUUCUGUAUCAUACGAUUCAAAAUUAGAGGCUUCACAUGUAGAAGAGGACAACACUACAGAAGUGAAAACUGAAUUUAAUGGUGAGAUAUCAGAUACAAGUGAUGGUACAGAUGAAAGCUCGGAUUCUACACCGACUGAUAAUGCUGAAGAAGAAGUUCAAGAGGAUGCUAUUGAUAUAUCUGAUACUUCCGAUUCCAUGGAGGAGAAAGAUAUUCGAGUGGAUCUCGACACACUCCCCGAGAUACAAACAGAGGGGAGCAACAGCAAAGAUGUUGCUGCAGAGUGAAUAUAUAGGUUGGGUGCAAUAUACUCUGGAAGCAUUGAAGACUUUAGUUGAAGUCAAGAAUUAGCUAAUCCACAUCAAAACCUCAAAGUAAGCCUAAGAAAAUGGGUAUGAAGAAAUGUCAAAAUGCAACUCAGAAGGUAAGACACUUCUGCCCUGAUAAAUAAGUGGAAAGCGAUUAAAUUAAUAGUAUAUACUUAAAGAGAAGGAAACUUGUAGGCUUGGAACUCUCUGAUAUUCGAUCAUUUCAUUAUGUAGAUAGUAUAGUUUAUAAUUAUUUCCAACCUAACUCAUAAGCUGUAA